GGUAAAUCGGUAAUAGACUAAAUCCUUUUCUCCUUGAUUUGUUACCAACUUAUUACCAUAUUUGUACCUUAAUGAAACUCUAUAUGUAGAGGCCUACUAAGCAAGUACAGCCACUGCCUCCUAUUGCCAUUUCACUAACCCCAAAUAACACUUCACCAUCUCUCUCUCUCUCUCUCUCUCUCUCUCUCUCUCUCUCUCUCAGACAGCAAAAACACAAGCAGCAACAGAGACACUGAGGACUGAGCCUCGUGCCACUGGCAUGCGCUAGAAGAUCAACAAGAGUACAAGACCAUGUGGCCUGCAGGCGGCGAGCACCCCAUGGCCAUGGGCUACGUCCCCGCGGCGGCGGCGUCGCCGAGCUCGAGCGCGACGCUGCAGGCGCCGCACUCGCCGUGGCAGUCCCCGGUGCCGUUCCUCUUCGGCGGGCUGGCCGCGAUGCUGGGGCUCAUCGCGCUGGCGCUGCUAGCCCUGGCCUGCUCCUACUGGAAGCUCUCCGGCAGCCUCCUCGCCGAUGGGGAGUCGGAAGGCGCCGCGCGGCAUGGCGGCGCGGGGAGCCGGCGUGGCGACGGGAAGGCCGCGGCGGCCGGCGAGGCCGGGCCCGCCGGGGAUCGCUGGCGGGAGCACGUGGUGGUCAUCAUGGCCGGCGACGAGAGGCCGACGUUCCUCGCCACGCCGGCGUCGUCUUCGGUCCGGGCCCUGGACGCCGACGACCUGGCCUUGGGCGUGGGCUGCGGUGGCGGCUCCGAGGAGGGGCGGUGCGUGGAGUGCGGGGACAGAUCGCGGCCGGCCGGCGACGAGCUGAUGAUCCGAAGCGAGCAGAGUGAUUAUAGUGGUAGUUUUGUAAUCAGUGAGAGAUGAAAGGUCGUAAGAGGAGCUAGCUCCUGUUCUUGCAUAUUCUUUUGUUCCGCGAUUGCGUCUACUUUUUUUGUAAAAAUCAGCCGGAUGCUCCAAAUGAUUCAAACUCCAAAGUGUUGGAAGUUGGAACAAGGAACCGAGAAGUGUAACAAACUAACAAGUGAGAUGGAUCAUGGAUGAUCUAUCUUUGACACA